CAGAGCAAACUGAGCUGAGGCUCGCGCUGUCUUCUGAUCCCCAGCAGUGAAGGUGUUCCUUCCUAUUUGCCUCCACGCAGAGUCAAGAAGCCAUGGCUGUGGCAAAUUUCCAGUACAUUACUCGGAUAAACAGUGGCUUCAAGGUCUACAUAUUAGAAGGUCAGCCCCAUCUCAGAAGCGAAGACAGAUACAGACACAUGGCCAAUGACCGGACUCGAGCCCCCGCCGUGUAUCCCGUCAAACGCAAGCGCAGCCUUGAGAGGGGUCUAACGUUGGAAGAAAGGCGUGAGCGGGCAAUAAGCAGAAGCAAAAUGGCCCAACGAGCAGCACCGGCAGUGUUCACCAACCAACAGAGUCCAACAUCCAGCCAGAGUCCAACACCGAGCCCCACCAGCCCUCUGCCAAACUACGUGUACUACACACCUGUCAUGGACGAACCCCUCGCCCUCAUCAAGAAACCCAGAAAAGACCCUGAAAGCACAGAGGACAAGACCAAAAGCUCACCCACCAAUCAAAUCCAGGUGCGUCCCUCUGUGAUCACUUGUGUCUCCUCCGUCAAAAAGCCUUCCAGCAGAUCUGAGGUGCACAGGAGCCACCCAUUAGCGGCCUCCAAACGCAACCUUGACCACGUCCUCGAGGAGCAUUUCCAGAGGAGCCUCGGGGCCAGCUACCAGCAGAGUCGCCCCCAGCAGCUCUCCAUCAGCGUGUCCGUCGACGACCACUUCGCCAAGGCUUUGGGCGAAGACAAGUGGCAGCAGAUCAAAUCCAAGUCCUCCUCCUGCUCUUCCACGCCACCCAGCAGUCCGAGCGUUACCCACUCACCCGCCUACAGCCACAGCCCAAACCACAAAGAAUCCACUGUCAGCUCGUCGCCCACUGCCAGCCGCUGGCCCGGUAAUUAAAGCACAAACGGGGGCUGAUCCAGAUGGAAAUCGGACAUUUUAAAAAGUUUUAAAAAAUUAUUUUAUUUUUAUUUUUUUUUACAUUUCAAUACAAACAGCCCUGCUUGUGCAUGCAGCGCUUAGUGGUGAGAGCAAACAGAUGCAGGGGUGUCGUCACCCUGGAAAUGUGUGCGUCCAAACCCGAUUCACCAUGACACGGACAAAUGUAGCAUGAGGUUGAACAGCAUUGUGAUGUUUUGGUUGUAUUUCUACAGCAUCUGUGCUUCACAACUGAGACUUGAGAUUUUAUAGUCGGUGACGUGUGUGGUGAUUGAUAAAUUUUGUUGAAUUAUCCUUUACAUUUCUUUAGUUUUUGUGCUGUUUUUGUAAAAACAGCAGGAAUGCCACUAUUUCAUUGUAUUAUAUUUAUAUUCUGAUACACUUGGGUUUCUUCUAGUCUUUACUGACUAGCCUAUCUGCCGUGUAAAAACUUGCUUAUAAGCCGUACACAAGAGAGAAUUUUUCAAAACACUUUUGAAAGAAUAAAAUACCUUUUUUUCAUAUACCAUU